UCGUGUUCGGACGUUUUCAACCGUAUCCCCGGGAGUGAGCAAACGCGUUCGACAAAAAAAAAAUCAAAGCCAGUAAAAGGUGUGGAGCUCAAUUCGAGAACUAUUUAUUUCUUGUAUAGAAAGAAAAAGAAAGUUCAUCGAAGAGGAAUCUAGAAAAAAUUAUUGAAAAUUAAAAAAAAAAAAACAUCUGUGCGCACAAGCGAUUUAACGAACAAAACCAAAAAAAAAGUAAAUUAAAAAACAACGCCUUUCCUUGGGUGCCUUUGUGAAGGAAAAUAUCUAAAAAACACUUUUGCCUAGUCUUGUCUCCGCAAUGGCUGUAGUUCCAUCGUCUAAUACGCUGACCGAUUGGGAUUAUUGGGAUUAUCGCCGACGCCUGUGGCGUGAUUUGGAUCUAGCCGACUGGGACUUGCCAUACUGGAAGCGUUUGGCCCGCUUUAACUCAUCGCCCGAUCUGAGUCGUGUGAUUGUUGGCAAAGAUGGCUUCGAGGCGAAUGUGGAUGUGCAUCCUUUCAAGCCUUACGAAAUUCAAGUGAAGACAGUGGGCGACUUGGUGGUGGUGGAAGCGAAACAUGAGAAGCGGCGUGAUGGUGACAACUAUGUUGGCCGGCACAUAGUCAAGCGUUUUGUCCUGCCACGUGGCUUCUAUCCCAAUGAUGUGCGCUCCGAACUCUCCACCGAUGGCAUUCUCACCGUCAAAUGCCCACCACCAGUGCAAACUGAACGGAGUGUUUAUGUGCGUCAAGUCGGACUGCCGUAUCUGAGCAUUAAGAACUGAUAAGCAUUAGAGCAAAGCGAAGAGGAUAUAAAAUUUUUUUUUUGCUAUACAUAUUUUUAGUUAACAUUGGCAUACGCAUUGGGUAUUUAUAUGUAUUUGUGUGUGUGUGUUUUUUUUUUAACACAGAAUUUGCCAAGAAACUUAAAGCGUAUGCUGUUGUUUGUAUUUUUAUUUUUGAAUGCUCGUUCAUAUACAUAUAUACAUAUGUCUGCAUGUGUUAUGAAUUAGUGCACUACACUAAAGUGUGGAGUGCACUUUAUGCUUUUCUACUUUCAAGUUUUCUUUCGACUUAAAUCGCACUUUGAAUUUCUGUUGUAAAUCACCAGAAAAAUGCAAUCACUGAUUUACUUGCAAUUUCUGGACUUUUUUGUAAUUAACACAACUUUUGCUAAUCAUAAUGAAACUACCAUAGUUAAAUAAAAUAAAUG